AGUUUCGGCAGUUCUCUACAAAUAUUACAGAAAGGCACACGUAUUAUAUUAUUUAUCAGGUUUUUUGAAAAAAUACAACCGAACCGUAUCUCUCUAUAAACGAACAACUUUAGUUUUGCGCUGCCACACAAUAGCAACAAUAAAGACUACAGCAAACAACACAUUAAGAAACAAAUAUUAGGAAUCACACAUUCACACCAACUACAAGAGUUGAACAUCAUUUGGGAGUUCAACCUUUCUAUAUUUAUAAAAUAAAAUGACGCAAGCACCAGCGAAUUCCGACGAUGACCUUUAUAAUGAUGAUGCCUUUGAGGAGGACUCCACAUCGGAGCUUGAAGAAUUUGGCGAUGAAGAGGAGGAAGUGGAAGAAGUGGAGGAGACAAUAGCUGUGGAGUCCGAAGCUAUUGAUUCCGAGGCUGUAGAAUCAGAGGCCGAGAGCGAUACACCCAGUGAGAGCGAUGUCGAAGCCGAAUUCAUUCGGGGCAACCCACAUGCUCGCCGUCAGCAGAUUUAUAGUAACCAGCUCUCUGGUGGCGGUUUCAAUCGCAAACGCAUGAUGGCCUAUCCCAGUUCCUCAUCCGAAGAUGAGGGUAGAGUGGUCCGCACCAAGACAGUGGUGGAAGUAAAUAGAAUGACGCUAAGUGUGGAGCAAACAGACGAUGAUACGCCGUCUGUACGUACGCUCGUUCCCAUGAGCAGUCGAGCGGGUGAAUUAAUGGUCAACGAGCCAGAUAUUGACGAAGAGGAAGAGGAGACGGACGAAAGUGAUAAUCAGGAGCAUAAUGAUGAUGAUGAGGACGUUGUGCAACGUCGUGUCAAUGAUGAGGAUAUUGAAUAUGAAAAGUUCUUAGAAGUUGAUGAAGAAGCCGAAGAGGAGCAGUAUGUGGAGUACCCAGAUGAGGACGAACAAGAUGUCGAAGAACAUGAUGAAGAUGGGGAAUUGAGUGAUGUUCGAAUGGGUCGAAGGGUAGUGAUAGAGGAGGAGGAGGAGCAAAGUGACCCUGAGACCGACACCGAGGGAGAGGAACAGAAGGAUUCCGAUGAGGAACAGGCAGACAAUGCGAUUGAUCUACAAAAUGGUGAGGACACAGAUGGAUAUAGUGUGGAUACCUUUGAGCCCGGACUGAAUUCGAAGAGACAGCCCAAUCGUGCCAAAGCUGGUGCGGGAGAAGGCAAUGAAACGGACAUCACAUUGACGCCAAGAGAAUCAGACAGUGUUGCAGCGCAGCCCACGAAACAUUUUGGCAAGACAAAGAUUCCGAAAAAAGUACAGAAGGCUUCGGCAAGAAAACCCUUACCAACCUAUACCUACGAGAAGGAUAAGCUAGCCAUUGCCAGCACCAACUCUCACAUAGAACAAUUUCUCACCGCACAGGAGGAUGAAGACGACGACGAGGACGAUGAUGCGGCUGAUGAGAGCAUGGUUACACAACGUCUAGAUGCGCUCAAGGCCGAUGCAGCCGCUGUUAAAUUUCUGGAACAACAAAUGUCCCAGAUGUCUGAGAUGAUUAUGAAAUCGUUUCGCAUAAGUGGCGAUGCACCCAACGACAACCCCAUGGAGCAGUUGAAUCGUGCAUCAGAGCUGCUGGCACAGCGUCCUCAGCUUGGAUCAAGCGAUGAGCUGCCGCUGUUGCCCGAAGAGACAGACGAGGAAAUAGCAGAGUCGGAACCCAGUCGACCCGAAACGGACCAAUCGAUAGAGCCAAACUGUGAUACAGAUAACAUAACAUCGCCAAAUCCUUUGCGUAGCUCCAUGGAGACACUGAAUACCGUGCGUACGGCUAAGCUGCAAAGGCCGAAGUGUCGUUGUCCCACGCUUGUGGAAGGUAAGGGUACGAUUACAGGUCUGGAUCCGGGAUUUCUGCUAGACGAGUGCGGCCAGGGCGAUGGCCUGCGGCAUCACCAUCAUCAUCAACGACACUAUCCACAUGAGGUCAAUUGUCGUGUUUCCAGCGCGACUCCCACUAGUUUCAAUAGUGAUUCUUGCGCCUAUCACAUCGAUCUCAAGCGUCCCCGCUCCUCCACAGACAAAGUCAACUACAAGAAUUUAGGUCGCAAAAGCUUCAGCUUCACCAAUGCCCAAGUGCGCGAAAUCGAGCGCCAGAAUCAUAUACUUCUCAAGAAAAUGAUGACCAUAAAGCCGACCAUUAAGGCGACUCCAGCCCAGCCGGCUAGCAACCAACAGCAGGCCAAGAAGAAGCUUCCACCGCCCUCUACGCGCACUACAAGUGCGGCCGUGAAUCGCAAGAAAUAUCAGCGACAGAUCGAUAUGGACAACGAUGUGCUCAAGCGCAAGUUGGAAGCCAUUGGAACGCGUAGGCCGAUCUUUAAAUGAGGCACUUUUAUGCGCUCAAUUGGCGAUUAAUUUAGGAAUGUUAAAAACGAAUUUACAAAAUUAAAAUUUAUUGCAAGGUUAAAAACGUAAAAA